AUGAGAUCGAAGCGUGCCGGCCUGUUGUUGGGCGCUGCGGCGGCGGCAUCGGCACUGCUACCCAGCCCGAGUCCGCUGCGGUCCCCGCCAACGACAGAUGCAGCCCUUCGCGUUGCCACCAGCGGGCGCGAUGGCCUGUUAGCACGGCUGGCGGACGGCGACGGCUGGCUCAUCGCGCUCGUCGUCUUCGCGGUGCCGAGCGCGCUGUACGCGCACCUUGGGCAGGAUCGCGUCGCCACCGCCGCCGCCCUUGGCCGCAUCUCCUCGAGCGCCGCGCUGCUCGACAUCCUGGUGACGCCGCAGCUCGGCCGGCUGUCGGACACGAUCGGCCGCAAGCCGCUCCUCGUUGGCGCGCCCGCCCUCGCCCUCCUCUGCCGAGGCUUCGGCUUCGUGCGCCUCUUCCGCAACGGCGUGGCGCUGCGCAGCCUCGCCUCCGUCUCCGCCCUGCACACCACCUCGAUGGCGAUGGGAGACACGUGGCAGAUUCGGCGAAGCGACGCCGCAGCCGGCCUCCCGGCGCGCGGUCCGAAGGCCUAA